CAGGACCUUUUUAACCAUUCCAACUUCAAGGUCGUUGCUAGUCUAACAUUCAACAAUGAUGACCCAGACACCAGUCAUAUUACUUAUUUGCUUCAUAAUAAAUUUUAUUCAGUCAACUGUGAACGAUAGAGCAUGCUUGUGUGAUAUCAGGCCGUUGGUUUGUGACAAGUUCUGUCAAUGUGACGCAGACUGCUUUAGUGAUAAAAAUAACUCGUUUUCCUCCUUAAUCUCGUUACAAAGAGAAUCUUAUGGUUCGAAAUGGUGCAUUCCAAAGGCACUUCAUUUUUUAUCAAAUGCAGAAUUUACUAGGAGUCAGGACAGUGAAACUAUUUGUUUUUCCGAUAUAAACUGUAAGAAUUACAGUAAAUUAUAAAUAUAAGAUUUGAGAAGGAACUACCUGCAGUUAAGUCGCGGUGCUGGUCAGUUUGGGAUGAAUUCUAUUUCAGUGACUAACUUAAAUUCGAUAAACGGUUGUGCAGAAGACGAUUUAUGCUUAAUCUAUAGAAACAAGAUACUUGGACGUUUCACAUUGCCGAGUGGUUCGGGAUGUCACGUAGAGUUUUCACCAAAAUUCCUAAACAACAUAACAACCAAGUGCACUCGCACGUUGAGUUUUAACGAUAAUGGUUCAAGUUGCACACAACUGCCAAGUGUCUUAAUGUACACAAAUGGAUUAAAGUUUUUACGACUACCGAUAUCAAAGCUUUUUAAAAACAAGAGCAUUUCUUUGGAAGCAGUUAUGGCCAGUAAUAAUACGAUUUCAGUUCGUUCAUCUAUUUGUAAGAACUUAAACAAUGACGUAAUACCCUGUCCAACAUCUCCAUCCUCACUUGAUUCACCCAGCCAAGCGUGUAUGUAUGCAAUCAUGGGAGUGAAGUUUAGUAUUAUUUAUAAUGAAAAUGGUAUAACAGAUAUCUCAGUUGAAUUUAUCAUUACAAAUGUCACAACUAAAAAAUUUAAUCAGUUUCACACAGUACAAUUUAUUGAAGAAAACAGUUUAUCCAAUACAAGUACAUUAAUAGCUACUGACUAUCUAAGCGGAAAUCUAGGUUACCUAAAAAAUUAUCCUGUUCGAGCUGGUUAUAUAGAAAAUAAUAAUAAUACUAUUACUCCAUAUAUAGUAAUGAUAUCAUACCCAUUAAAUCCAACAUUAUAUCCAAAUGAAUAUGGUCGAAUUAAUUUUGGUUGGUGGCCUAUACCGAAUAUUGGUGAUUGUACAAAUUUUGCUAGUCAAAGUAAAACAAUAUUAUUUGGACAAAACACUUUUAGUUCCUGUGUGCUAAGACUAAAACCAUUGCGGGAAAAUAAUUAUACAAAUUGUAAUGAACUGGAACAAGUCAUUAGUAUGUCAUUAAAUUGUAAAAAAUCACCUAUUACUCAUGUCGGUAUUUGGGGCAAUGCAGACAAUAAACAGAUAACAGAUUGGAUUAAAGUGGAUGUAUUCAAUGAAAAAAAUAACAUUGCUUUUUCGAAUGGAACAAAAUCUUGGUCAUGUCGAAAUAUCAUUAUAGGUCAAACAAUUAACAUUUAUUAUGCCAGAAAAGGUAGUGUAUACGAUCCACAAAAUCGUAUUAUUUCAGUGCACAAAAUUUAUAAACGUGGAAAUAUUGGAUAUAAAUGUCAAGGUUAUGCAUGUAUAGACAACAGUCAAUUAAAUACUGAACAGAAAUUCUUUAUUACUACGAAUGUACUAUUUCAUGAUUUAACCUUAUAAUGAAUAUAUCCGAUCAAAGGAAAUGUUAACAAUUUUAUAUGACUGUCAUUAUUAGUAUCAGUAAUAUAGUAAAAUUUUGAUUAAAUAUCUUUUAUUUAUUGCAAGAAGGUAUGUAUGUCCUAUACAAAAGUAUAAAACAUUUCUAUACAUCUGAAUAGAAUGAAUUUAUCAGCUAUCAUUAAAACCAUUGUUCUAACAAUCUUUGUCACAAUAAUAAGAUAUAUUUCAGCUGUCGUUUGCUUCAAACGAAUAUCUAUUUG